AUGUUUGCAGCAGUUCCUGUCCUACCAGUCGAGGGAGCCGCUAAGGGUGCUGUUCCUCUGGACACUCUAACAUUUGACAAGGUAUUUUUAAAAUGGUUAGGGCCAUAAAGUGGCGCCUAGAUCUAAGCUAAUGGUCAUGAUUGGUCAAGAGCCCGUAGAUAAUUUGGACAUACACAUACCACUUGUUAGAGUUGGCUGGCCAGACCAUCUCAGUCGUAAAGAGGUUUCCACUAUUAAUCUGGACUAUCCAGCCUGAUUAGUCUUUUCCUAAAUAGUGUGCACGGCUGUGAGGGUUUUUGACGAAAAGCCUUGCAUUUCAGUUUCAAAAUGACCUGGAGUGAUUUAAUCUUAUUGUAUAUGAUGGCAGAUAUGAUGGCAGCCAAAGAUCUUGGAAUUGCAAUCUUGGAUCUCAACUUUAUUUUAUAAAAAUGUUUCAUAAGGCAUUUGCAGUUGAGUAAACAAAUAAAAUUCUCCAACUUUUCUCAAAAGUAGAUGGCUUUUCGUGAGUUCGUAUAUACACGUGUUACACGUGUUAAGUUCCUUAGACAAAACAACGUGCUCAGCUGUCAUUGGUCAACUUUAAACAACUUUUGUUACGGUUUUGUUACAGAAGCGUGACUCACCCAUUCCUUGUACUUUGUAAUGUCCAAAUCAGAGCUGAUCAUAUAAGCAAUAAGAAUGUGUGGGGCAUUAAAAUUAAAGGCCUAUAUUAAUAUUUGUGACUGUAUGGAGAAGUGGAGAGGAUAUUAAAAUAUUGCUUUUUACAAUGAAAUAUUCAACCAGAAAUCUGUGAUACCAGUAGUCCAUCUUGGUGGUGUGAAGUCUAAUAUUAUUAUUUUGAUGUGUUUGUGUUCUUGUGGUCUUGUGUUCUGAGAGUUUCCCCAGCUACUUUUAUUGGAAAAUAGAAGAAAGAUAGAACCAAAAGAAAUCCUUAGCUGUUUGCACCUACUUGUUGUAUUUGCUUGGCAACUUGAAAUCUUAGUGACAACCCUGCUAUGGGGGGAUAUUUAAUUUCAUGUAAGACUUAUGUUCCUUUUCUCAUAACUUUUUUCGGAGGCAGGUCAUUGGAAAACACAAGGCAGUUCUUGUUAAGUUUGACAAACAGUAUGCAUAUGGGGAAAAAGAGGAUGAGUUUAAGAAAUUUGCUGAGAAAGCAUCUUCACAGCCAGAUCUUCUAGUUGCUGAGGUUGGAGUAUCAGGUAUUGAAAUAACAUUGGACAUGUUUAUUAUGCAGUGGUAUGUAUGUAUGCAUACUUCCAGAUUAAAACAGCUACAUAUAGGGGUUAUGUGUAUCCGGUGUGCCACUACCAUUAUUUAUUGUCCCUAACAGUACAGUAUUAGGAGGCAUUUUACAGUACUCAGUAAUAUUAUUAUUAAGAAACAGUGGUUAUCAUUUUUAAUAAAAUUUGUCAAUGAUAAUACUAUUGCUUGCUGUACUAACCACAAACAAAGAAAAAGAGACACAUCCGGUUUUUUGAAAAUAUCUGAAAAUAAAAUGUGAAAACCAUACUCCCUUCAUAAUGGCAAAAAAGUUCAUAGAUAAUAUGUUGUUCUUCUGGGUUCAGUUUUUUCAAGGGAAUCAACAAAAAAUGUACUCUUAAUAUUGUCAUUAAUAGACACACCCACCAAAUAAUUUGAUUAUAAUUUGGUCAUAUGGCUGGGUUCUGCUGUACCACCUUAACCCUUUCACUCCCAAAAGCAGCCAAAGUAAGAAAAAAUCAAAUCCUCAUUUCAUUUAGUUUAAUGUUGAAAAACAAAUACAGUUACUGUAGUACUAUGUAGUCCACCAACUCAAAAGUUAGAACCACCUCACAGGAAUCAAUUCAUUGUGCACUGCAGGCAUUCUCUUCAGCUGGGGAAAACAUUAUGCUUGGGUAACUGCAUUGCUGAAUUCUAAAAACAUUGAGGAGCUGUGGGGAAUCACAGUGGGUGGAGAUGCCAGAAAGAAGUAUUUUUGCCACCUCUUCCCUAUCUCCUUCUUUCACCAUUAUGCCUACCCCGGGGGUUGAUAUUUCUACUCUCUCUCCUGUCUUGCUUAGUGAUAUAAUUUUCAAGGGUGGCAGUCAUGGCAUUCCAAACAUAAACAAGCUGCUUUCGCUUGCCCAAUAAAUAAGCCUGCAGAUGGGACACAUUUAGUUUAGUUUAUCUUGUAGGAUGUGAUAUUUACAGUAUUUCAUCUUUUUUGUAGAGUAUGGUGAAAAGGAAAAUGACCAACUAAGAGAGCGAUUUAACAUCAACAAGGAUGACUUUCCGGUAUACAAGCUAUUCAAACAGAAUGAGGCCAAUCCAGUUGACUUCAAGGGAGAGGUCAAGGCUGAUGAACUCUCUCAGUUUAUCAAAACAAACGCCCGUCUUUGGAUAGGUAGCUGUGAUGUAUUUCUGAAUACUUUUCCUAUGGAUGAUCCUACUGCGCGCUCUCAUAAAAUAAUAAUAAAAUAAUAAUAAUAAUGAUGAUGGUAAUAUUUUUUUUAAAAAAAGAAUUUUAACAAUAAUGACUUUAUUAAAAAGAAACUAUUAAAAUCCUAUUUACAAUUAAUUCACUUUAAAAGAAACUAUUUCUUCAAAACACUAAUUACAAUUCCUUUCGUUUAAAAAAAAAUACGCUUAGUUUUGAUGAGGAAAAAAUUCAUUUCAUUUAACAAAAAUCAUUCAAAUUAAGAAGAUUUAUUUCAAUGCAAACAAUUCAUUUCAAUGAAAAAGAAAAGAAACUAUUUUCAAGGUCAAUUGCAUUCUUACUAAGAUAAUCACUAAAAAAAAUCACUAAAAAAGAGGAAAAUUAAAUAGCAUUCACAAUGUGUUAAUGACGAAUAUUUGCCAUUUAAAAGUAAGGAAACACAUCAAUAGUCCGAUUGAAUGGCUCCUUCAACAACUUUGACGUCAAUAUCAACAUUCUUAAUGUCACAUGGCGCUCUUCUUGUGUCACAUGGCACUCUUCUUAUAAUAAUAAUAAUAUUUUUUUAUGAACAAUAUUUUUGUUUAUUUAAUUUUUAAAAUAUGUAGGUAAUUUACCAAAAUAUUUGAAAUAAAAAAGUGAGCAAUAUAUAACACUAACAACUAUACAGUCAUAAAUUAUCAAGAAAUUCAGUAGCAAUAAUGAUUUUCCAAAACAUUCCUUGUGGCUCGGAUGCAAUCAUUUCUGGUAGCACAAUAGCACUUGCACACGGUUCAGUGUUUUGAAUUAAGUCAUUGCAAAUGCAUUUCUCCUUUUCUGAAAUGUAAAAAAAUCAAGAUAAAGAGAAUAAAUUAAACCUUGCAUCCCUAACUGGUCUAAAUGGCACUUUCUGCAUUUUCAAUCUUGAUGUCAACAUUUUUUAAAAUGUCAUGUCAUGAAUUAAGCACAAAUCAUUAAGAACCACAUAUGCAGGAGUCUUUGUGUGACUUUUCAUAAGAGAACUCGUGAUUCCUCCCUUUUCUUUUCCUUUCUUGCCUUUUUUAACAUUAUGGUUUUUCGGAAUCGGCGCUGUUUAGAAAACUUAAAAGACCUAAAAAGCUGGGUUAACAUAAGUGUGUGAUAAAAGGGAGAAUUUUUCUGCUCUAUUCUCACUGCAUGUGUAAUGGCGCUUUUCACCCCUCCCACCUCCCCUGGUGGCGGUGACCACAUCACCAAGCCAUGCUGCAUAUCUUUGUCAAGGCAGUUACAGAUUCGUCCCAUAACUUAGUUUGCCGGGAUGCCACAAUAGCUAUGCAGUGAGGAUAAAUUACUAAUCCCGUCCAGACAGGGUGGCAAGAGAGGCAAGGUCGACAGGCAAUUAAAUAUUUUUCUCAUUUUAGGGAUGCCAAAUUGCAUCGAGAAAUUCGACAAACUCGCUGAGGAACUCUUGAAAAGCGACAGUUCCAGUUAUGCAGACAUCAUUCAAUUUCGACUUUUUCGCGACCUUCUUUCGUGUCUGCUCUACCUUUUCUGGUUACCUCUCUAA